AUCAAGGAGGCGCUUACGCGGGUUUUCAAGCACUAUGGACCGAUUCUGGAUGUCAUUGCGAAGAGCAGUCUGAAGCGAAAGGGCCAGGCGUUUAUCGUGUUUGAUAGCGAGCAGUCUGCGCUCGAGGCGGUCGAGGAGAUGAAUGGGUUUGAGAUGUACGGCAAGGUGUUGAAGGUGCGCAAGGCGAGGACGCACAGCGACGAGACGGUCAAGCGGAAAGCGGCCGACAUGUUCGACGAGCAUAAGCGCAAGCGCCUCAUGUCCAAGGACUUCAAGCGCGCAGAGGAAGACGCAAAAGCGCAAGCCAACCCCGUCGCAGCCGAGAAGCCCCGCGCACCAAAGUCCGGCGCCGCCGUCGUCCCAGACGAAUACGUCCGCCCGAACAAGACGCUCUUCCUGCAGAAUAUCCCCCGCGACGUCGACGAAGACGACCUCACCACCAUCUUCGAGCGCUUCGAAGGCUUCAAGGAAGUGCGCCUGGUGUCGGUCAGGGCCGUGGCGUUUGCCGAGUUCGAAAACGAGCAGUUUGCCAUUACGGCGAAGGAGGCGACGGCCAACACGCCAAUCGGAGCUGAGGGCAAGCCAAUGAAGGUCACGUACCAGCGGCAGUAG